AGACCAGCGGAUCCCAGGCUUUGAAGAUUUUAAAAGCUGCCCAGGAGGUACACCCCCUCUCCUCUAACCCAGAAGUCCCCAGCCCAGAAUAGACCCAAGGAUAACAGACCAUCAGAAACUGGGACUGGGCAGCGUCCGCUGCUCUGGGGCCGAGGGGCCGCUGCUGGGGUGGAGAGAAGCGAUGUGGCAGAAGUCAGCACCCAGCGCAGCACAGACAUGCAGCCGGCAGCCGAGCCUGCUGUGUCUUCAGUCCCGAGCUGAAAUUCGUGCAAAAAGACUCUUCUUUCCUAUUAGGGGAACAGCUUACAGGGGACAGAGCUGCUGAAGGAACUGGAACCAGACCUCGGGCUAACGUCCUCAGAAGGUGGCAGUGAGGGACGGUCACCUGAGGUGGCCCAGUCUGCAUUCCUCUUAAAUAUCAUGACUUUAUGGAUGGAAAUGUAAACCAUCGGUUGUGGAAAAUCCAGAAGAGCUCAAAAGUAAAAAAAGAAGCCUAGAAGCCCACUGCUGUCCAGGAUCCCACUUUGUCACCUAAUAGUUUCCCCUAAAUUUUAACAGCUGCUCCAUGUGAUGGGUCUAGUUUAACCAAUCCCCCUAGUUUUUCAAUAUUAUGACAACACCAGGUGAACAGCCCGAGUCGGGUUUUAGCAGAGUCACACGUGGCGUGACCCCUCCGAGGCGUGUGGAGGGUGUCAGAGUCGAGAGCAGAAGCAUCCUCGGGAGCCCUCUCGCUCAGAAGCACCUUUUCCUUGUGUUCUCCCAGCUCUGAGAUGCAGCUCUGAGAGCAGGUUUCUAGAACAUUGACAGACGUCGGAGCAGGACACUCACCUCCUAGGGUGCUUUCUUCCUGCCAGGGGACCAGCCUGCUAGCCAACGGGCAGAGAACAAAGGGCUCCUGAUUGAAGACAGGCCAGAGGACAGUGGGAAAGCUGGAGAUAUUCACAGAUGGGAGCUUGGAAAGUAGGAAAGGUGCUGAAAGAACAGAAAUAUCCAGGCCUUCCCAAGAAGAAGGAGAACCCCAAGAACUACGGAGAGUGCAGUGGCCCCCAGCCCUGCAAGCUUCUCAGCAGCCUGGCAAGCACAGGGUGUUUGAGCCUUCAGGAGAGUGACCCGGCCUUGGAGAGUUAUCAGCACCGGGAUUACUCUCCGCAGGCCUGGUGUUGGCAUGACUUCUUCCUGGUUAGUAGGCAACCUCCAGAGUCUCCGCCCCGCGUGGACUCUGCCCGCCCCGUGUAGACUCGGUCCGCGUGUGCUCAGUGUCCUCUUAGUCGUGGCCUGAAGCCAAGUAUGGCAGCUGGACCGCAGCUCCUCCUCUCUUCCUGCUUGCUUCCUGCUCCUCCCCCUGCGGGGGGAGCACAAAAAGCUGGUUGCAAGCAAAUUCCUGGCCUAGCACUGGGCAGAGAUGGCUGCCAGCGGCCGAGGGCUCUGCAGGGCCGUGGGCGCCUCUCCCCGCCCUGCUUGGAGACGAGCUCAUUGGGAAGCCAGGGGACACCUGAAGCCUGAGUACGACGCGGUGGUGAUAGGAGCAGGACACAACGGGCUGGUGGCUGCGGCGUACCUGCAGAGACUGGGGGUGAACACAGCGGUCUUCGAGAGACGCCACGUGAUUGGGGGCGCAGCUGUCACUGAGGAGAUCAUCCCAGGGUUUAAGUUCUCCCGAGCAUCCUACCUCCUCAGCCUGCUGAGGCCGCAGAUCUACACCGACCUGGAGCUGAAGAAACACGGGUUGAGGCUUCAUCUGCGAAACCCCUACUCCUUCACCCCGUUGCUGGAAGAGGGCACAGGGAGCAAGGUGCCCAGGUCCCUUCUGCUGGGCACAGACAUGGUGGAAAACCAGAAGCAGAUCUCCCAGUUCUCACCGCAGGAUGCCCAGGCCUUUCCCAGAUAUGAGGCAUUCAUGAAUCGCCUGGCAUUAGCCAUUGACCCUCUGCUGGACACAGCCCCCGUGGACAUGGAGGCCUUCCAGCGGGGGUCCCUGCUGCAAAGGCUCAAGUCGCUCUCCACCCUCAAACCCCUGUUGCAGGCAGGCCGCAUCCUGGGCGCCCAGCUACCGGAGUACUACCAGGUCCUCACAGCUCCAAUUACCAAGGUGCUGGAUCAGUGGUUUGAGUCUGAGCCUCUAAAAGCCACUCUAGCAACAGAUGCUGUGAUUGGAGCCAUGACGAGUCCCCACACUCCGGGGAGUGGGUACGUGCUGCUACAUCAUGUCAUGGGAGGCCUGGAGGGGAUGCAGGGGGCCUGGGGCUACGUCCAGGGUGGCAUGGGUGCUCUCUCUGCUGCCAUCGCAAGCUCAGCCGCCGCGCAUGGAGCAAGUAUCUUCACUGAAAAGACGGUGGCCAAGGUGCAGGUGAGCAGCGGCGGGCACGUGCAAGGAGUCGUGCUGCAAGAUGGCUCAGAGGUGAGGAGCAGGGUGGUGCUGUCCAACGCGUCACCGCAGAUCACCUUCCUGAAGCUGACGCCACAGGAGUGGCUUCCUGAGGAGUUUGUGGAGAGAAUCUACCAGCUGGACACCCGGUCACCUGCUACCAAGAUCAACGUGGCUGUCGACAGGCUGCCUGACUUCCUGGCGGCCCCCAAUGCUCCCGGGGGCCGGCCGCUGCCCCAUCACCAGUGCUCCAUCCACCUGAACUGUGAAGACACCCUCCUCCUCCAUCAGGCCUUUGAAGACGCCAUGGGUGGCCUGCCUUCCCACAGGCCUAUGAUCGAGCUCUGCAUCCCUUCCUCGCUGGACCCCACCCUGGCUCCCCCCGGCUGCCAUGUCAUCUCCCUCUUCACUCAGUACACUCCCUACACACUGGCUGGGGGCAAGGUCUGGGACGAGCAGGAGAGGAACGCUUAUGCGGACAAAGUGUUCGACUGCAUUGAGGCCUAUGCCCCCGGAUUCAAGGGCUCCGUGCUGGGCAGAGACAUCCUCACACCGCCUGACUUGGAGAGAAUCUUCGGGCUUCCUGGAGGGAACAUAUUCCACUGCGCCAUGGCCCUGGACCAGCUCUACUUCGCCCGCCCCGUGCCCCUGCACUCCGGCUACCGCAGCCCUCUCCAGGGCCUGUAUCUCUGCGGAAGUGGGGCCCAUCCUGGAGGAGGUGUCAUGGGAGCCGCUGGACGCAAUGCAGCCCACGUGGUCUUCAGGGACCUCAAGAGCAUGUGACCCUGAAGCAACUCCGACCCAGGAAGAAGAAUUCACCCUUGAGAUUUUGAGUCCCCGUCGGGUCAGCUUCCCAGGAUACAGCUCAAGGCAGACAAGUCCUCAAGCUCCUGCCGCUGUUUUAGGAGAAACGUACACGAUGCAUUCGGUAAUAGUUAACCUUGUGCCCGUGACUUCAGGGUGAACCGGUUUUGUUUUAUUAAAAACAACAAUUUACAUAGA